GCACACCCUUCCUACAGUCCCAAACUGAGACGAUGGCGGCGGCAGCGGUGGCCCGAGCGGUGCUAUUUUCUGCGGCGCGGCGGCGGAUUUGCGGUUUCACAGAGAGGCUCCUAAUCGGAGGCGCUGCUGGGCGGUCUUUAUAUUUUGGAGGAAACAGAUUGAGAAGUACACAGGCUGCUGCACAAGUUUUUCUGAAUGUUCCUGAAACUCGAGUAACCUGUUUGGAGAAUGGACUCAGGGUGGCCUCUGAAGACUCUGGGCUCGCAACAUGCACAGUUGGGCUCUGGAUUGAUGCUGGAAGUCGAUAUGAAAAUGAGAAGAAUAAUGGAACAGCUCACUUUCUGGAGCAUAUGGCUUUCAAGGGCACCAAAAAGAGAUCCCAAUUAGAUCUGGAACUUGAAAUCGAAAAUAUGGGUGCUCAUCUCAAUGCCUAUACCUCCAGAGAGCAGACUGUGUAUUAUGCCAAAGCAUUCUCUAAAGAUUUGCCAAGAGCUGUAGAAAUUCUUGCUGAUAUAAUACAAAACAGCACAUUGGGAGAAGCAGAGAUUGAACGUGAACGUGGAGUAAUCCUUAGAGAGAUGCAAGAAGUGGAAACCAAUUUACAAGAAGUUGUUUUUGAUUAUCUUCAUGCUACAGCUUAUCAAAAUACUGCACUUGGACGGACAAUUUUGGGACCAACUGAAAAUAUCAAAUCUAUAAAUCGUAAGGACUUAGUGGAUUAUAUAACCACACAUUAUAAGGGGCCAAGAAUAGUACUUGCUGCUGCUGGAGGAGUUUCCCAUGAUGAGCUGCUUGAGUUAGCAAAAUUUCAUUUUGGUGAAUCUUUGUCCACACACAAAGGAGAAAUACCAGCUCUGCCUCCGUGCAAAUUCACAGGAAGUGAGAUUCGAGUGAGGGAUGACAAGAUGCCUUUGGCACAUCUUGCAGUAGCUGUUGAAGCUGUUGGUUGGGCACAUCCAGAUACAAUCUGUCUCAUGGUUGCAAAUACACUGAUUGGCAACUGGGAUCGCUCUUUCGGAGGAGGAAUGAAUUUAUCUAGCAAGCUGGCCCAGCUUACCUGUCAUGGCAACCUCUGCCAUAGCUUCCAGUCUUUCAACACUUCCUACACAGAUACAGGAUUGUGGGGAAUCUAUAUGGUUUGUGAACCAGCCACUGUUGCAGAUAUGCUACAUGUUGUUCAAAAAGAAUGGAUGCGACUGUGUACAAGUGUCACUGAAAGUGAAGUUGCACGUGCCAAAAAUCUUCUGAAAACAAACAUGUUGCUGCAACUUGAUGGUUCCACUCCCAUCUGUGAAGAUAUAGGUAGGCAAAUGUUAUGCUAUAAUCGAAGAAUUCCCAUCCCUGAGCUUGAAGCAAGAAUUGAUGCUGUAAAUGCUGAGAUAAUUCGAGACGUGUGUACCAAAUAUAUUUAUGAUAAGAGUCCAGCUGUUGCUGCUGUUGGUCCUAUUGAGCAACUACCAGAUUUUAACCAGAUUUGCAGUAACAUGUGCUGGCUUCAUGAUUAAAAAUGCUCCUAAUAAACAUUUGGAACAUUAUAAAACUGAGACCCUCAAGUUGUAAAGAAAAAAAAAAAAAAACAUCUACACUGGUAAAUAUGAAUAAAAUACUAUAUGUCAGACUUUGAAAGGAUAAGACCACCACAAUGAAUGGUAGAUUCUCAGAGUUCAGAGAAAUUAUGCUGGGACACACUUUAAGUAUAAUUUUAAGAAUGAAAAUUUGUAUAGUAUUUUCAGUUUUAUUAUAAAAAUGCACACACAACAAA